AUGGAAAACACAAAGCAAACUAGUUCAAGCCACAGACAUAGGCGCCCGACCGUUUUCAUUGUGGCGGACGCAGUUAAGCGCCGUGUUGUCCUCUUAAAAACAAGCGCGAGCUCAACAUCAUGUCGCUUCCACUCCACAGUGCGUCGACGAAGAGAAGGAGGGUGGCUUACGCUCACCAUCCAGCAGCUGUUCCGAAGUUCCCCAAGCCGACGCACCAUCCAGCCCCAAGACGGACCUCCAUAUUCCCCUUCUCAUUCCUCGUUCGUCGUCUACCCGCGCAAGGGCACGCUCCGCAAACCGAAGCCACCCCCCGGCGUGCCGUUCGAUCCCUACUCCCUCGUUGCCGAGGACACGGACUCUGGCGACCCGCUGCACACGCAGAACAAAACAUUAUACCUCCAGGACAUGCUCGCAGGAGAAGCACGCAGGGCACGUGGUGAGCCUGCGUUCCCAAGUAUACAUGGAGAAGGGAGCGUCAAGAUGCGUGAGGCCGAGCCGGCUUCUGAACCUGUUGUCUGUGAGCCGCCUGAACGGCCACUUCUGCAGGACCCAUUUGACGACACGAACAAGGUUGUCGAUGUAGCGGUUGAGGAUGAGGAAGAGGAUGAGGCCACGGCCACUUCCAAGCGCGAGAACUAUUCACGUCCACGGCGUUUGGCCACUUGCCCACCAUGCAUAGAGGUGAGCUGA